AUGGGGCGAGGGGCGACAGCUGGGGCCCUGCUGGUGGCACUGGUGGUGCUGGGAGCCCCCCCGGGUGCGGGCGCGGAGCUCUCGGGGGUGUUUCAGGAGCAGAUAACAUCGGAGUGUCACUUCAUUAACGGCACGGAGAAGAUGCGGUACGUGGAGAGGUUCCUCUACAACCGGAUGCAGUUCGCGAUGUUCGACAGCGACGUGGGGCACUACGUAGGGUUCACCCCCUAUGGGGCGAAGGCGGCUAAGUCCUGGAACAGCGACUCGGCUAAACUGGAAUACAAAAGGGCUCAGGUGGACAGGUACUGCCAAAACUACGAGGUGGCCCCCCCGUUCCUCCUGGGGCGCCGAGUGCCCCCCAGCGUGUCCAUCUCGCUGGUGCCCCGCUCGAGCUCCCAGCCCGGCCCUGGCCGCCUGCUCUGCUCCGUGAUGGAUUUCUACCCUGCUGCCAUCCAGGUGAGGUGGUUCCAGGGCCAGCAGGAGCUCUCGGAGCACGUGGUGGCCACCGACGUGGUCCCCAACGGGGACUGGACCUACCAGCUGCUGGUGCUGCUGGAAACGCCGCCCCGGCGCGGGGUGAGCUACAGCUGCCAGAGAUGCCGCCGGACGCCGCCCGCAGCAAGAUGCUGACGGGCAUCGGGGGCUUCGUCUUGGGCUUGGUCUUCCUGGCGCUGGGGCUCGGCUUCUCCCUGCAC